AUGCGGAAGGCAGGUGAGAUCGUCGGCAAGACGCUAGCCCUGCUGAAAGCUUCGGUCGAACCGGGUAUGACUACACGGGACCUCGACCGAAUUGCGUUCAAGGAGAUCACUCGGAGCGGAGCCAGUCCGACAUUCAAGGGUUAUCGGGGAUUCCCGGCAACCAUUUGCACUUCUGUGAACGAGGAAAUCGUCCAUGGGAUUCCUGGACGGCGUAAACUCCAAGAAGGCGACAUCAUCAAGGUUGAUGUCGGGGCGACAAUAGAGGGUUUUAUCGGAGACGCCGCGGUCACCAUCGCUGUCGGCGAGGUGCCUGAGGCGUUGUUGGCAUUGAUGGAAGACACCAGACUAGGUCUGGAAGAGGGAAUAAAGGCAGCCGUACCCGGAGCACGUGUUGGAGACAUAGGUGCCGCCGUGCAGGAAUACGGCGAGUCUCGAGGUUACGGGGUGGUACGAGAGUUCGUAGGCCACGGCGUGGGACGUUUCCUGCAUGAGGAUCCCCAGGUGCCGAAUUACGGGUGGCUGGCCGUGGGGCAUUGCUGCGCCCCGGUAUGUGCAUCGCCAUUGAGCCUAUGUUCAAUGCGGGAGACUGGCGGACCAGGAUUCUGGAUGAUGAUUGGACUGUGGUCACCGCGGACGGGAAACUUUCUUCCCAUUUUGAACAUUCAAUAG